UGAUUUUUACUUAAAAUGCAAUUGAAAGAAAAUGUUGCCACCGUUCUUGUUAUUUUUUGUUGCGGACUUGGGCUUACACAGACCAUAUGCAAAAACAAUGACAAAGAUACUUGUAAAUGUGAUUUAGUUAACGGGUCCGGAGUUAUUGAUAUCACGUUUGGAAAUACAAAUCUGACGGCGUUAUAUCACAGACCAAAUCCACGCGGAGGUCCUUAUGUCUACGAGUAUAAUCCUUGUUACGAAUUCACGUCUAUCGAGGGUUCAGUAUCUGGACUUGCGACAAUCAUGUAUAGCGAAUAUCUGCAUAAUUAUUAUGAUCUUGGUAAACAAAAAAACAGUACUUGGAAACUUGACAAAAACGGAUCUCUGGUUGUGUUUUACACGUCGAACCAGUAUGUAAGCAUUUU